CGUUCAUUACAAACUGAGUUUGCUGCGUGCGUGUGUACGUGUGCGUUCGGUUAAACGCAACACUGAGCUAUAUAAACAAAGCUAAGCUAAGAUAAUGCCCUAACUAGCUUAAACUGACAACUAGCUCAGCACACAACACUGUGAAGAGGCGCGCAGACAGAAGAAACAGAUCUGUUGUAAGCUACGGUAACGUGUGAAUGAGAAAGCAUGGACAGUUAUAAAGGAAGCAAUCUUGAUCUGCCAGAUGAAGUUUGUCAGCCCAGCGAAAGUCAGGCUGGAGGAUGGAGCCUACAGCAGCAACAAGAUUACUACAGACCUGGAAUUAGCAGCACAGAAACUUCACGUAAUGUCUACCCAGAAACGUCAAGAAAUGAGAGCAGUCUGCUUUUCCAUAAUGGUUAUACAAGGCCUCCAUUAUCCCAGUAUUCGUACCCACCUGCGAGUAUUGCUAGCCCAAACACUCCCAACGAGUACGCAGACUCACAGAUGGUGAUUGCCCGUACCUCUUCAUCUUCAAGUUGGAUGAGCACUAGCGAAUCAUAUGGCUCUCCAGCUCGAAGAUUUGAUUGGCCACUACAACUGCAACAAGCCCCAGACCCCAAGCCAUUCCUCGACGAUUUCGGCCCUGCAACUUACGAAUGGUGUAUGAGGAAAACCGCCCAAGAAGAAAUGCCUGCUAUUGCUGCUACCUCGUAUCAAGAGACAACUGAAAGGCCUAGCACAGCAAGUAGCCAUAACUUAGAGACUGGAAAUUGGACUACUCCUGUCGAGGCUUCUUACUCCACACCUUCCACUCACAAGGUACUCAGUCAACUUGAACUACUGAGCCAUGACUCGCUUCAAGCUCAAGACAACAAAGCAAAAUCUACUCUUGGAAACCUUGAUAGCGGUGUAUUUACCCAGGCAUUCAAAGCAGGAAAUCAGCACCUGAGUCUUAAACUAGAUAGUGAACCACACAACAACUUGAGCGUAUCUAUUGGAGACAAAACAGAGGUCAGUGAAGAGCUUGCACAGAUGUUAAAAGGAAUCAAAGACAUAGAUCCGUUGACUGUUGAUUUGACACAACUCAAUCAAGCUGGACAGCUAGUUCCACUAAAUCAAGCUCAAGCUAUCCUCCUUCUGAAUGGUGGUUCUACCAAUUUAAUGCAGCCGAUGAAACAACCCCCUCAUACUGAACAGGACAGUUUCCCCUCUCAACCUUGUACACAUUGUGGCCGUUACGACAACCCUCCACCUGACAAAAUCAUACCUCAAGUAUCCACUCCAAUACUCUUGAUGGAUUGGGAACAGUUCCGUAAGAAGUUGCAGGAUGGUGAACUUUCCUCAGUAUUGAUUGAAAUCGCAAGUAAUGCAAAAUCUCGCCCAAAUUUUGCUGCCAAUUUGAAUCGACGUAUUUUCAGUGAGGAGGAAAGAAGGGUGUCUAAUGUAUCAGGUACUAAAAGAAAGAAGAAAUUGGAUCCUGAUUGGAUUGAUGUUAUUAAAGAAAACGUUUUUCGGUAUUGGCCUUUCGAACCGGGGAAACCCAAGAUCAAUGCGUGGAGAGAAUGUAUUAGAGCGAUCGAUACGGCCAACAGACAGCUCAAGCAUAAGCUUAAGAAAGAAAAACUAUUAAACUGAACUAUAAUUAGUAGCAUAAUUAUUUGUUGACUUAUUUGUUGGCAUUGGCAGGCUGCUUCAAUGCAAUUUGUAUUAACCUCGUCCCCAGGCUUUGUAUUACAUUUUGAUGUUCUUG